CUUUAGCCAGUUACGCAUAAUUUGACACAGUGUGCUCUCAAUAACAAUCAUUAUGAUUAGUCGGUGUCUUAUUGAAUCUGACUACUUACAGUACGUUCAAUAAAAUCUUUUCAUGUAAGCUAAACUUAUUAAAAUAUAACAUACUUUCUAAAUUUUAUCGAAUCAAUAAAGUAUCCAAAGUUUGGCUCGAUCCCAAAAACGAUCGAGUGAACAUUACUCUUGAAUCGACUAGAACGAUUUGAAGACAGUACCAUGAGUUGUUUAUUCUUAUACUGUAACUCAGCGCCCACGUGCAGAGAUAGGUACGUUUUAGAUCAAUUAGCGAUAAUAGCCGUAACAUUAUCAUCACGAAAAAUUUACGUCACGCCCUUUUGGUUUUCCCCCACUCUUAAAUUUUCGAGUCACCGUACUCCGUCAAAUACGGCAUGCCCACCUGCGCAGACUGUAUUCAAAAGUUGACUUCGAACGUGAAACAUCUUAUCUGUUUGAUCAGCAAGUGAAAAAAACAAGUGGAAGAAAGUGACUCAUCAACUUACAAGAAGAACAAGAUUCUGAUGGAAAUAUCUGGAAUUCAUACAUAAAAUACAUAGAAGCAUCAUGACAAUGACACGUCGAAGUGAUAAUAAGCGAGCAUUUUAUGUUGUUCAAUUCAUAGAAUUGCCUUUUGAAAGUAUUGAUGAUUACGUAUGCGUGCCGUAUACGUGGCUGACAGUACGUAAAGCGAUGUAUGACAAGGUCGUUGUUGCGUACCCUAACGACGAAGAUCCUUUUGAUACAAGAGAUCGCGUGGAGAGAAAGGAGAGAUACAAUGAUAAGUGGAGAUUUUAUAUGGCUACUGUCGAAUAUAAAUCAGAUUCUUUCGAUGAUGCAGAAUUUUGGAUCGCUGCGAGAAAUGAUUACGGACCUUUGGUUGAAGAAGAAUCGAAAGUAACAGAUAAGCAACCAAAGCUUCCAGUGAAUAAGAAACCGCGCAGCGCCAAUCAAAACCAUUUGUUCAAAUCCAAUGAUAAUUUUCAGAAAUCUCUACGAAAAAUAGCAAUCAAGCGACGAGCACAAUCAGAAUUAAAAGAAGAACUCGAUGGAAAACGGUUGAAACUAAGGGAAGCUGCUCAUUCUUCCAAUGCGAUUGUUAAUGACGUCCAAGAGUCCAGAAUUUCUAUAACCCCAUCAAAAGAGACGUCCAACGAUAAUCAAGAAACCCGCACGGAUGAUUUCUCAAAUAACAAGUUUGCUUCACAUCAAUUACUAAAUUCACUGAAAUUGACUGCUAAUCUAUGCUGUCAAAAUAAUGGAGCACGACGUUUAGUACCGACUCAAAAAACGGUUGAGAAGAAAAUACAGCCCAUGGAAAUCGAAAAAACUAUCGCUACUCCUUCACAGAACUUAUCGAAUUUGAUGGGCCGAACCAUAUCAUUAUCAACGAGCUCAGUAGAACGACAGCAACUACAGAAAUCAAAAAUACGAUCACUAAGAUUGAAUGAUUUUUUCACGCAUCCUUUGCGUGAGAGCAAGAGAGAGGGCAAGCGCGUGGUCUUGCGCAUGCGUACCUCUGAUUCGAGCACUCGGCUCGGCACAAUAGUCAAAGCUACAUCUCUCUUUAGAACUUUUCAGUGUCGCUUUUAUUGUGCUCUCUAA